AUGAUGUACAUCACGACCCCCGUCAACAUUUUACGCAGCUCAAACAAUACAUUAGCGCGGUUCAUGAGUUCUCACGGAAAUUUUCGUCCGGUCCAGGCGUACCAGUAUCAGAGCAGUCACGGUGCGGGCGCUGAUCUGAAGAAAAUAAGUAGCAACGUGUACAAGUCUCCGUUAAGGAGAGAGACCGGAGUAGUCUAUUCUAUUCGCAAUCUCGAUUUUCCUUCCUUACUUGUACUGCUGGAACAAAAGAUUGCGCAAGCAGGAGUCCCAGAGACAGGUCACCGGCUGAAUUUUUUCGUAGAUUGAGACGGCAGCCCAGCGACUCUUUGAAAGUGUAAAUGAUCCCAUGAACGAAAUGAAGAUCGCCAAGG